CACAAUACAUACUAUCCUCCUCUUUCUUCUUCCCGGCUACCAAAACCCUUAAACCCUAAUCUUCAUCUUCUAAAUACACAAAAAUAAACACAUAUUUACAGAGUUCGAACACUAAAGAUCCAAUCUUUAUCCUCACAAGAUGGGGAAAGCAUUCAAGAAGACCCCCAAAUCAUCCGCCCCCACCCCCAAACCCAAAGGCGGCAAGAAGCGCUUCUCCAUCGACCACGACACCUUCUUCGACAACGACAAGAAACGACGUCGUAAUUUCGAAGACGACAACAUCGAGAGCAGCGACGAAGACGACUACGGCGAGCUCAGAGUCGGAGAAGAGGCGGAACAGGAAGAGGAGGAGGUGGAGACCGCGGCGGAGGUCAGGAAGCGAAUAGCGGAAGCGCAUUUGGAGAAGCUGAGGAGAAUUAAGGAUGAGGAGGAUAAAGGUGAUGAAGGAAGUGAUGAGGAUGAGGGGAGGGAUAGGGAAGGGGAGAGGGAUACGUGGAUUGCCAAUGUCUUGCAGCAGGAGCAGCUCGAGGAUAGCGGUCGGGUUCGGAGACUGAUUGCUUCGAGGGUACAAAAGCCAGAAACAAGUAAGGGGUUCCGUGUUUUAGUAAAGCAUCGCCAGUCUGUCACUGCGGUAGCUCUAUCUGAAGAUGACUUAAAGGGUUUUUCAGCUUCCAAGGAUGGUACUAUUGUUCAGUGGGAUAUAGAAAGUGGGAAGACUGAAAAAUAUAAAUGGCCAAGUGAUGAAGUACUGAAAUCCCAUGGUUUGAAGGAUCCUCAAGGUCGAGCAGUAAAGCACAGCAAACAUGUUUUAGCAUUGGCUGUUAGCUCUGAUGGUCGUUAUUUGGCUACUGGUGGUCUUGAUCGUCAUAUUCAUCUAUGGGAUACUCGAUCACGAGAACAUAUUCAAGCCUUUACAGGCCAUAAAGGACCAGUUUCAUGCUUGACAUUUAGGCAAGGUACUUCAGAAUUGUUUUCUGGUUCAUUUGAUCGAACAAUCAAAGUAUGGAAUGCAGAUGAUAGAGCUUACAUAACAUCACUAUUUGGUCACCAGAGUGAAGUAUUAACAAUCGACUGCCUGAGAAAGGAGCGGGUAUUGACUGUUGGACGUGAUCGAACUAUGCACUUGUGGAAGGUGCCAGAGGAGUCUCAAUUAAUAUAUCGUGCUUCAGCAUCAGCAUUAGAGUGCUGUUGUUUCAUUAGUAAUGACGAAUUUUUAUCGGGCUCAGAUGAUGGAAGUAUUGAGCAAUGGAGUGUAUUGCGGAAGAAGCCAGUUCAUAUUGUAAAAAAUGCACAUGCUUUGCAGACUUUAGACAAAUUGGAGAACGGUGAAGAUACAAGACUAUCAAAUGGGCAUAAAGGAGCCAUACCUGCAGAAAAUGGCAUCCACGAAAACCCAUGUUUGUCUGCACAUUCCUGGGUUGGAUCUGUUGCUGUAUGUCGAAACAGUGAUCUUGCUUCCUCAGGAGCUGGUAAUGGUGCAAUUCGUUUGUGGGAAAUUGAAAGGGAAAGCAAAGGCCUUCGGCCAUUGUUUGAGCUACCUCUGACUGGGUUCGUAAAUUCGUUGGCGUUUGCAAAAUCAGGAAAAUUCCUGGUUGCUGCUGUAGGUCAGGAACCCCGUUUAGGAAGGUGGGGACGUGUUGCGACUGCUCGGAAUGGGGUUGCUAUUCAUUCUUUGAAACUUUCAGAUUAGUUACAUAUAUAAGCUCUUCAGUUUUGCCUAAGAUUCAUUAAAGUUGAGAGGGAAGUAUAAUGUCUGUAUCUUUACCUUGUAACUUUUAAAAUUUUGAUAAUGGCUGAGACGUUGAUUUUGUAUCCCCUCCGUAUUUGGUUAUUUAUGUUUUACAUUUAUUACCAGACCUUGAGAUAUAAUCAGAUGCCCUACACUCUAUUAGGAUUAAAGUCUUGUUCUGGUGAGACGAAUGCAGAUAAUAUAAUUUUUGUUGGUUCUACUUGGUUGAGGAAUGCAUGGUUAUCACGAUAAGAAGUGCCAAGUUGAGUCUUGAUGCUGAGUACCUUCAGACCUGUCAUAGAAAGUUGAUUACUUCGAAAUUAGGCAUGAUUGGCUGGUCUAUGUUGAUGUUGUGAUGAAGAUGAAAGAACUUAUUUGAGGAAAAAUUUAUAUUUACGUAAUUUUUUUUUA